AUGGCCAAGAAGGGAGGCAAGAAGAGCCAAUCCAAGGUGGCCAAGGUGAACCCAUCAGAGGGCACAUCAGAGAACACGUCAAACGGCAGUACAGACAACACAGAAGCCACGGAGGUUAAUGGACCUUCCACAGAAAUUCCCAUAGAGGGGGAGAUGAACGAGGAUGUAGGAACUGGUGAGCCAGUCAGCGAGCCAGUCAGCGAGCCAGUCAGUGAGCCAGUCAGUGAGCCAGUACUCAGUAACCCAGUCAGUGAGUCUCUCAGUGACUCAGUCAAUGAAGUCAAUGGAUUGAAUGAAGUGAAGAAAGAAUCUCCAUCAGACGCUAUAAAUGAAAUUGAACCCACUGACUCUUCUGAACCUUCUAAGACAGAGCAGACUGACUCUGCUGAACCUUCUAAGACAGAGCAGACUGACUCUGCUGAACCUUCUAAGAAAGAUUCGCAAACUGUAGAAACUUCUAAGUCCGAUCCAGUGGUACCUGAAUCCACUCCUGAAUCCACUCCUGAAUCACUGGGUGAAGUAACAACUGCUCUGAACACUUCACAAUCAAAUACUUCGCACUCGAAUGCUCCGCUAGCACCAACCCCCAAAAAAAGACUCACUCUUCAAGAACGUCUUGCCCUAGCAGCAAAAGGAAAAAAGAAAUCGAAGACUGCCACCACCCAAGAGUCAAACACCUCAACCAGAGAACCAACCCCAGACCUCGAGCCCCAACCAAAACCUCAAGAUUUGAAUGAGUCCACCCCAGACCCUACAGAAUCUGCAACCCCCCAUACCCCAACACCUAUAACUAUCCCACCAACUAUCAAGCCAGUGGUCCAGCCAACUCCCCCCACCGAUUCUGCCCUCGUCUCUUCGUUGAAAUCUCAACUUGCAGCAGCUCUUGCAUCUUCAGAUCAACUCCUUCGUGAAGGUGAAGCACUUUCUCGGAAAGAACUCAAAUUAAAUGAAACCAUCAAGAGAUUACGAUCAACUAACACCGAUCUCGAGUCCUCACUCGCUGAUUAUGUGGCCAAGGAUCAGCAAUCCCAACUCAAACUCAAUGAAUUCACCGAGUUGCUCAAAUCAUAUCGAAUCCCCGCCACCGUGAGUGCACUCUCUGACCGAUUGAACCUUCUUGGGUCGUUGGAACUGUCGUCUCAGGAAUCCUCUCAACUCUCCGAAAGGCUCAAGGAGCAAACAACCAUGUACGAACAGGAACUUAGUCAAAGGAAACAAGUGGAGAAGAAGUAUUCACAACUUUCCAUCCAAUUUGACAUGCAAAAGAAACAAUCAGAGUUGGAGAUCGAGGGUAAAAACGAUGUCAUCUCCCGCUUGAAACGAGAUUUGAUUGAAUUGAAGCAGGAGAACAUCGAAGAGGUGAGUCGGUUAGAGGGGAAAGUUGAAGAGUUGAGAGAGAGAGGUGAGAGAGAGAUAGAGAGGGAGGGAGGAAUAGAGUCUAGUGGCUCUUCUUCUUCUUCUUCUUCUUCUUCUUCUUCUUCUUCUUCUUCUACUCUUCCCUCUUCUACCGCUCUUCCUCCACCUUCUUCUGCCUCUUCCACUUCCACAUCCACCUCUCCACUCUCACUCUCCUCCCAUCACGCCUCACUCCAACAACAAUACCUCUUGUCACAGAAAAACUUCAAAUCCAUUGAAAAUUCCCUUCAAUUGAAGAUCUCCAACCUCACUUCUUCUUUAGAAACAAUCAAACAAUCAAAAGCUCAGCUAGUGAAAGAUUUGAAACAAUUCCAACACCAAUUGGCACUCAGAACGGAAGAAAACGACAAGCUUUCACAUUCUUUGGAGUCUAUUUCAAGACAAAAUGAAGAGUUAACCUUCCAAUGUUCUCUCAAGGACUCCUCGUAUGUAGAACUCGAAGAUAAAUUCGAAACUUUCAAGAAGAUCUACACCAACGAUCGUGAAAACUUGCAAAAGAAACUUGAAGAGGCCCUUGCAGCAGAGAAACGGUCAAGAAAGACGUCUCAACUCCAUCAGUUGCCCGUCUCUCUGCUGUUGCUGCUGCCCUUGCAACAACAGUUUUCCGAUCAACAUCUCCCUCGGAACUUCUCCUUCACCGACAAUUCCCUCUCGGAAAUCAAGUUUGGAGAGUCUUGUACAACUCCCUAUCUAUCAAGAGACACUUCGGCGGUUUUCCUCAAUCAAGAAAUGAGACAAGAAACCCAAUCGCAACUCUCUUUCUCCACUGAGGAUGGAGGUGAUGAUUCCAUAGAGCCCGGUGAAGACGCCAUUUCCUUCCACCAAACGCAGAGCUCUAACCAACACGCGUCUGCAUCCGCAUCCGCCACCACCACCACCAACAACAAUCUCCAACUCAUCAACAAGAUGUCGGCGAACAUCAGACGGUUGGAAAUUGAAUUGCAUACGCUUCGGAACGAGAACGUCCAGCUCACGUCGCAACGUGAACAUGCACAACAGGAAAUCCUCUCUUUGGCCAAACUUCAUGAGGAAGUGACGCACUUGAGGAACCAUGAACAGGCUCUUGAAGAGCAAAUCAAGCUCUCCAGGGCAAAGGAACAAACCAUGUUGGAGCUCAUUGGCGAGAAGUCGGAACAAGUUGAAGAAUUGAAGGCCGACGUCGCCGAUUUGAAGGACUUGUGUAAGUUGCAGGUUCAACAAAUGGUUGGCAUGAGUGGUAAGUAG